CUCCCUGGCGCCCGGCGACCCGCAGCUCAUCGCUGUCAUCGUGGAGCAGCUCAAGAGCCGGGGCCUGUUUGACAGCUUUCGCCGGGACUGCCUGGCGGACGUGGACACCAAGCCCGCUUACCAGAACCUGAGGCAGAAAGUGGAUAACUUUGUGUCAACACAUCUGGACAAGCAGGAGUGGAAUCCCACGAUGAACAAAAACCAAGUGCGAAAUGGGCUGAGGCAGAGCGUGGUUCAGUCGGGGAUGUUGGAGGCUGGAGUGGACAGAAUAAUCUCUCAGGUGGUGGAUCCCAAACUGAACCACAUCUUCAGGCCACAGAUAGAGCGAGCAAUUCAUGAGUUCCUGGCGGCCAAGAAAAAAGAAGUCAUCCUAGCGUCCCCUCCAGAGCUGGAGAGCCAGGACCCUGCGGCCCCGUCCCAGGAUGCUCCCUAAGAAUAUGCCUGACAUCUUUUGGAAGUUUCAUUGACUUUGGUGAAGAAAUAGAUUCAUUUCCUAACAGUACAACUUCGGAAUGAAGACGGGCCGAGGUCAUCACUGAUUUCAACCUUGACUUUGGGGCAGGAUCCUGAUUGAACAGGGAGCAAGUUUGACCUGUGUGCCCCUGCACUAUGCUGUUAUAUGGCCGGCCUGUCUGAGGGGAUGACACCCAGUAGACACUACAGAGAUCUAAAGAAACACUACAUCAAUCUGGGGUGGUCCAGAAACGAACCUUUAGACUUGAACUAGGCUAUGUAUAGAUUUCAGGGUUUGUGCUGAGGGAUAAACAAAAGCCACAGUGAGGGAAUGUAACCAGUCUCAACGGUGUAAUUUCCAAGAAUGACAGUAAAGGUUAGCUGGAAGUAGGUUUUUGACAGUGCUUAUUUGAUAUUGUUUCUGAGUCACAAACUAGAAAGUAUAAGCCAUUAGCAUCAAAUAGCUUUAAAGUUGUGAAUGUGAAUAUCUUGUAGCUGUAGUUUCCUUUCCCCUAGAGGUGACAAAACACAGGACCCUAGCGUGCUGAGGUGGCUGACAUAGGUAGAAGGAAACGUUUGCAAGUUCUCUGUCCAGGGCUGCUGAUCUUGCAAGGAUAGGAAGUCUUGGGUGUGUUUACUUUAUUCUCGUAUUUCUGUUUUUUACAAAAGUGAUUAAAGAUUAAUAAUUAGCUUAACUUUUAUAAUAAAAUCAUUUGAUACUCUGAA